AUGGGAUCUCCUAGAGCGUUUUUCAAACUUCGAUCGCAUGCUGCGAGUCAUGGCUUUUGUGCAGCGGUUCAUCAACCGCUGCAGACGCAUUCCUACGCCUUCUUCUACAGACAGGAAUACAACAUCCUGCAAUCCAAAGGACAGCUUCCCUCGUCCAGUUUUAUCCUCAACCUUAAUCCGUUCCUGGAUGCUGACGGCAUCAUGAGGUCAUGCGGUCGUUUGACUGCAUCUGACUCGUUAUCCUACGACGAACGUCAUCCUUUUGGCCUUAUGGUUCGUCUCAUCCGGACGAGAUACUGGAUUCCGAAGCUGCGGAACCUGAUCAAACGUGUGACCAUGACCUGCAAGGCGUGUGUCAUUCACCGGAAGAAGGUGCAGUCCCAGCUAAUGGGUAAACUACCUCAGUCCAGAGCGACCUAUUCGCGACCCUUUACACACACAGGACUCGACUUCGCGGGACCGUUUGAUGUCAAAAGCUAUUCAGGUCGUGCCUGUCGAAUCACGAAGGGCUAUGUCUGCGUCUUCGUGUGCUUCAGUACGAAGGCCAUCCAUUUGGAAGCCACUUCGGACUUGACCACGGAGAAAUUCCUCGGAGCCUUCUCAAGGUUCGCGGCCAGAAGAGGGUGCCCCCUCCAUCUUUACUCGGACAACGGAAAGACUUUUGUGGGCGCGGAGAAGGCCCUCACAGAAGAUUUCAUCGCUGCGGUUAAGGAAAAGGUUACCUCGUCAUUUAGUCAUCCUGGCAUUUCAACCCUCCAGGCGCCCCCCAUAUGGGAGGCCUGUGGGAAGCAGGAGUCAAGAGUUUCAAGACUCACUUCUACAAGACAACAGGCAUGCCUCAACUCCAGACCAAUUUCCGCGAUGUCAGAAGAUCCGUCGGAUAUCCUCGCUCUCACUCCGGGACAUUUUCUGAUAGGCGGACCGCUACUCGUCCCCGCCGAACCUCCCACCGCCGGCGAAGCCAGUUCUAUCCUGAACCGAUGGCAGCGACUCAAAGCCCUUGGCCAGCUUUUCGCAUCGAGAUGGAAAGCUGAAUACCUGAAAGAGUUCCAAAAGAGGACCAAGUGGCAAAUUCCAACCAGGAAUAUGUCCGAAGGCGACAUGACAAACAUGUCCAAUGUCUAUGCGUUCAAUGUCCAUAACUUCGUUCUUUUUCUCUCUGCUUCUCUCGUCUCUUUGCGCCAGCCAUGCCGUCCCAUCGCACCCAAAGUCGCCAGCUCAUCGACAGAUGUUCUCGAGGAACUCGAUCGUUCCGAUGCCGAGUCUGUCAGGGGAUUCAUCCGCUUCGGACGUGUUCGCGGUUUCUCCGGCUAG